CUGCGACCGUGUCGUGCAUGAAGUGUGCAACAUUCCACACUUCGUUGUUUUCGGUUAAAUAAGUGCAUCAUCCGGGUACUUGGAGUGCACUACGUGUUCUUGUUUCAGCGUGAACUCCGUGUACUCACACUAUUUACUACAAAAUAGUGCAUAAGUAUGCGAUUUGGGACGCAACUUUAGCUUGCUAAUCCGCCCCGACCUCCUCCUAGUAACCGGAAGUCGUGAUUUUCUGUUCGCGCGCGCCCCCUGUCGGCGCGAGGCCGCAUUCGUGUCGCAGUUGGAUUUUUCCGCCUUGUUGUCGCAGCCGCGCGGCCAUAUUCUCCCACACGGCUUCUCCUCAAACAUGGCUGAUUACACGAGUGUGGCGCCGCCGUCUAAUAACGCCGGCGGAGGAAUGAACGACGCUUUUAAAGAUGCACUACAACGGGCGAGACAGAUAGCAGCUAAAAUCGGAGGUGAUGGAGUUAAUCCACCUCCUGCUGCCAACGAGUUUGCAUAUGGAGGGCAGAAAAGGCCUUUGGAAGACGGCGAUCAGCCAGAAACAAAGAAAGUCGCAAGUGACCCUUUUGCUGCAAUGGGAGGAAUGGCUGGUCUUCCAAGGCCUACAUCAGAAGAGUUCAAGGUUCCAGACGGCAUGGUUGGCUUUAUUAUCGGAAGAGGAGGAGAGCAGAUUUCAAGGAUACAACAGGAAUCGGGAUGUAAGAUACAGAUCGCUCCAGACAGCGGCGGCAUGCCUGAGCGCUCUGUGACGUUAACAGGCUCUCCAGAUUCCAUCCUAACUGCAAAGAGGUUACUGACAGAGAUCGUGGAAAAGGGCAGACCAACUCCGUUUCAUCACAACGACGGGCCUGGAAUGUCGGUUCAGGAAAUUAUGAUCCCGGCGUCCAAAGCGGGCCUCGUCAUCGGAAAGGGAGGAGAGACGAUCAAACAGUUACAGGAGCGAGCCGGGGUCAAGAUGGUCAUGAUUCAGGACGGACCUCAGAACACUGGAGCAGACAAACCGCUCAGGAUUUCUGGAGAUCCUUUUAAAGUUCAGCAAGCAAAAGACAUGGUGAUGGACCUGAUCAGAGACCAGGGUUUCCGAGAGCAGAGGGGCGAAUACGGAUCACGGAUGGGUGGUGGAGAAGGUUUGGAUGUUCCCGUGCCGCGCUUCGCAGUGGGGAUUGUGAUCGGCAGGAACGGCGAAAUGAUCAAGAAGAUUCAGAACGACACCGGUGUUAAGAUUCAGUUCAAACCAGACGACGGCACCACACCAGACAGGAUCGCUCAGAUCAUGGGUCCCCCUGAUCGGGCGCAGCAUGCAGCCAGCAUCAUUACAGACCUGUUGCGCAGUGUGCAGGCUGGCGGUCCACCAGGCCCCGGGGGCAGGGGCAGAGGUCGUGGCCACGGUAACUGGAACAUGGGGCCACCAGGGGGCCUGCAGGAGUUCUCCUUCACUGUUCCCACCGUUAAGACCGGCCUUAUUAUUGGCAAAGGAGGUGAGACGAUUAAAAGCAUAAGCCAGCAGUCCGGAGCCAGAAUAGAGUUGCAGAGGAAUCCUCCUCCCAACGCCGACCCCAAUAUAAAGAUGUUCACGGUGCGCGGGACUCCGCAGCAGAUCGACUACGCCAGACAGCUCGUUGAAGAGAAGAUCGGGGGUCCCGUCAGCCCUAUGGGUGGACCUCAUGGACCACCAGGGCCGCAUGGAGGCCCCGCGCCACACGGUCCCCCAGGCCCACCUGGACCUCCUGCACCUAUGGGGCCUUACAAUCCCGGGCCUUACAACCAGGGACCCCCUGGACCACAUGGUCCUCCUGGGCCGUACCAACCUCAGGGCUGGGGUAACGGCUACCCUCACUGGCAGCAGGGCCAGCCCGAUCCCAAUAAAGCAGCCGCGGAUGCUAACGCAGCAGCGUGGGCUGCGUAUUACGCUCAGUACCAGCAGCAGCCUCAGGCUCCCAUGACGCCCACCAGCGCCGCUGCCCCGGGCACGACUCCAGCCAACGGUCAAGGUGACCCGCAGGCUCCAGGUCAGAGCGGACAGGCAGAUUACACCAAGGCCUGGGAAGAAUAUUACAAGAAAAUGGGUCAACAAGGCCAGCAGCCACAGGAUUACACCAAAGCGUGGGAGGAGUACUAUAAGAAACAAGGCCAGGCAGCCCCUCAGGCGGCCGGGGCGAGCUCCUCUCAGCCCGGAGGCCAGCCGGACUACAGCGCCGCGUGGGCUGAGUAUUACCGCCAGCAAGCAGCCUAUUACGGCCAGGGCGCCUCUCAGCCCAUGGGAGCAGCACCGCCGGCCCAGCAGGUACACUCCUAAUAUCCAUACCCCCGACGUAUAAUAUGAUUUGUGCUCUGUGUGUGUUUGUGUUUCCCUUGUUCCCCUUUCUCUUUAUAACAUUUUCCUCCACAGCUUCAUCAGGCAUCCAGGCAACCCAGUGACACGAGACUUAACCAAGCUCUUCUUUUCCCCUCCACAGGCGUCUUUAUCUCUGUAAUUAGGUUAUGGGGUGGGGCGGGGUAGUGAGUCACUGUUUCUGCUCUUAACAUGUUGUGUAUUUCUUAUGUAUUUCUUCUGCACAGGGCCAGUAAUGUGAAGCGGACAUAAAGUAAAUGCUACCUUGUCGAAAAAAUCCUUUGUUAAAUGUUUGGAUGCAGACGCCUCUUGAUGAAGAUCGUAAUUUCCUUGGUUUGCGUUUAAACUAGAUUGCAAAAUGGCUCCGGAUUGAGAAUUCUCCUCUUUUUUUUUUUUUUUUUUUUUUUUUUUUUGCUUAUUUGUUUUUUGUAAUUUUUUUCUCUCUUGUAUAAAAUGAACUGUUUUUAGUGCGGUAAUAUUGGUCAUUCCAGCUCCUGUAUCUCAUUAUGUAGUUCAGAACUCAUGUCUAUACAAGUACUCUAGUGCUCUCUUUUUUCCAUGUAAAUGCUCUCAGUUUUAAAAAUGCCUGUUGUGUUUUGCAAUAAAACAUAAUGAAACCUCCUGUGUUGGUAAGUGGGCCGGUAAAAAGUGGGAAAGGUUGACUUUGUUUUUCUGUGUGUAUAUACUUUUUUUUUUUUUUUUUUCCCUCCCCUUAAGUAUUGGUUUUUUGGGGUAUGGGGCGGGUGGGUGAAGUGGGACACAAUCCACAGACUUUGUCUCUCUCUGUCUAAAAAUGACGUUCUUUGUUCUCUCCAACUGUCUACGAAGAUUGUUAUUUCCUAUUUCCUGGUGUUUUAGCUAUGACAUGAAAGGAUCUAGUCUGGUUUAUUGGCAGUAGGAGUAGACAGGUGUAUCUGAGGGAAGGUGGUGGUGAGGUAUGCGACCCAUGCUGUGACUUCUUGUUGCUCAUAUAAUGUGAGAAACUUUCCCCCUCACAGGCCAGUUUAGGACAGCGGUAAGCAAAUAUAUCAUAAAGCAAUGUGAAAUGACUGCAAGCUGCUUAUUAAUUUUUUUUUUUUGUCAGUAUGCUGUUUUUUUUCCCCCCUCCUAGGCCAGGUGAGGUGUUUUGUAUUAUUACAUGUAUUAUACAGUUGUGCCCCUUUUCCCGAUUCUUUAAAUGCAUAUUUUUCUGGCAAAUGUCUCACGGUUUUGCAAAAACAAUGUGGCCAUUAUUUUUUUUUGCCCACCCUGUUUGGCGUAGACUUGUAGGUGUGUGUUUUUAGGGCUGAGGAGGCUAUGCUGUUACCACACCAGUGAAAUGAGCCCUCCGUAAGUACAAAAAAACCAAAAAAAAAAACGACAGCCCCGGUUUCUGCUCUGCGAAUGCAUUGUCUUUGACCAAGUGUAGUGCAUAAAGUUGAACUGUUUACCCUGAAUUUGUGAAUUUUACUGUUUUUGGGGUAAGUAUGUCUGGGCUGCAGUUUGAUUUUUUUGAUUGACGUACAAAAUGCUGAAGUCUCUCUUGAGCCUGUGACCUUACCCUAGACUGUUAAGUUUUUUUGUCAAGCAAUAUUUCAACUGUAUUAAUCCUUAAAUUGAGCUUUUUUUUUUUUUUCGUAUUUACAAACGAAUUGUGAAGUUUAACAUUGUGCCGUCAGGGCAGCACAUGAAAUUAAACUGUCUUUGCAUUAGAAAUCAGGGGUGAACAAAUCAUAAAUCUAUUCUAAUCUAGCCCAUUGGGAAGCGAAAACUCGAGUUUCGUGAUUCCUGUUGCCCAGAAACCUAAUUUAGUAGGUGUAAAAGUGAUGGCUAAUGCUGCAGCCAUCAGUUAAAAAAAAAAAAAAAAACGCAAUAAGGAAUCUAGUCGUUAUUCUCUUCUAACAACGUUUCUAACGUCGUCAUCUUUUUGUUCUCGGCAUGUCGUGGUAACCAGGAGCGCGUGUUCCUGAUUCUGAAAAGAUCUGUCUGUUAUCUGUGAGCGCUAGUUAAUAUGCCUAAUGAAAACCAUUUUGCCUCAGGCGACGCGUGUAGUGCAGUAGAAGGUGACAGGAUUCGGGAACACCAUGUAGCUACAGACAAAAUGAAAACUUGUCUUGUGAAGGUCGGUAAAGGAGUAGGGUUUAUUUUCUUACUCUGGCUGUUGAACCUACAAACUACAACUACAAAUAAACCCCAAAUUCGCUUGUCCUGGGAGCCCGGGCUACUGAUUUGUCCAUCCCUGAAAAUAAGAAAUGUUCAUCUAGUUUCUUAAAAGUGCCACUGUAUAUCGUUGUGCAAGUUUUUUUUUUUUGCCAUUGCAUACUGUUUGAUCAAGUUAAUGAAACACUUAACAUUCAGGCAAGUUGUUUGCAUUUGCAAAAUGAUGCAAAAUGUGUUGUUCGGAUGUUGGCAGACUUUGUUACCAUUUUCCAGGCUGUCCUAGUUCUUUGCCUGUGACUCAGUUUCUUUGCGAUUUCUCUCGAAAUAUAUCAAAUAACCCAAUGUUGAUUGGCGGCACGAUGCGCAGCGUCGUUCCUACACCUUAGGUUCUGCUGCGAUAACACAGGUAAGCUUAACCUAAGACACAAAAUUGUUUGACCUGUGACUCAGUCUUGAUGUGAAUCCGAAAUUUUCUGCUGCAUUUUCGUUAAGGAAUUUCUCUAAAUGUUGCACAAGGCCCAAUGUUGUAUUAAUUACUUUGUCAUUGGCAAUGUGAUUUUUCUCCCAAACAGCAUACAUACAUAUAUAUAUAUAUAUAAUAUAUAUAAAUAUGCAGAAUACAUUUAGGAUUUCUGUACAUGAUUGAAAUGCUGUUUCCUAUAUGAUCAAUGCAUAUCCAUACUGUUAGUGUGCUAGUUAUUGUUUUAGAGCAAUCGAUGGCACUGUAGACUGUAUUCCCUGUCUUUACCAAUGCUGCAUGCAGUUGGAUAUUUUUAAAACUAUAUAUAUAUAUUUUUUUUUUAACCAAAAAGAUCUGUUAUGGCAAUUCUAAUUUCUCCACUUCUGAAGUGUACUCGUAUGUAUGCUGACAUGGUUUAAACCCUGUGCUAUUGUGGCGCUAAUACAAAAUGCUGCCUUCAUUCUCGCUCACAGUGUUGAAGACGCUGCAGGCGUAGUUCGUAGAAUCAGGUCCUCAGCUAGGGUUGUCCCUAAGGAGGAGUCCUUUGACUGUGUCCCUCUGCUGAACAUAGACCGUUCAAGGGCUCCAGUUAUAAGGUAAAGCAAAAUUAUACCAUGAGGAAAUCUGUGAUUUGAAAAAGUGAAAUGUGACGUUCAGGGCAAAUGUUGAUGCUUAUGUCGAUGCUAGCGUUUUCACAUUGCUGAUGAAAUGGCUUAUGAACUGUUCCAUGAUGAUUUCAUGCACACCUUUGCUGAUUUAUGGCCAGGGAUUGAAAAUGUGCAUCAAAUGCCAGAUUAGCUGGAUCAUAAACCAGGAAUUUAUUUAUUUUUUUUUUAUAUAUAUAUAUUUUUUUUUGCAUAGCACACUUGCUUGCUCUAGGCAGUUCAUUGGAGAGUGUUUUGUUGUCCGUUGCUGCAUAUGUUGUGGUAUGCAUGCAGUAUGCUAUGUCCUUCUGAGCAAACUGUCCACAACAGAAUUCAUUGCGGGUGUAGAAAAGAAGACAUAAUCGGAGGCUAUCUGAGAAAUGGGGAGCGUGGCCGGGAGGUAAACACAAACGGUUUCAUGUCAUGUACUGUUGAAACUAUGGAAUGUAUAUCCUUUUGCAUUUAGGGCUUUGUUGUUUUCUUUUGUAUUUUUUUGCAGACAAUUGUUGGUUUUGACUGUUUAGCAUUGUUGACCUGUCGUUCAAUAAAAUUGUAAUGAUUGGAAAGCUC